GCGGGCGCCAUUGUGCUUCGCUGCCGACUGCUCUGCCUCAGAGUCCUCGAGCUCGGAGGAGGAAGGCGGCGGUGUGGUCGCGGUGAGCGGGACGCGCCCUGUUCAGUGCCAGCUCCGGGGCUGAGGAAAUCUUAAGAAUGGAGUCUAAACCUUCAAGGAUUCCAAGAAGAAUUUCUGUUCAACCUCCAAGCUCUUUAAGUGCUAGGAUGAUGUCUGGAAGCAGAGGAAGUAGUUUAAAUGAUACCUGUCACUCAAGAGACCCUUCCUUUAGACUGGAUUCUGAAUAUCAGUCUACAUCUGCAUCAGCAUCUGCAUCUCCUUUUCAAUCUACAUGGUAUAGUGAAUCUGAGAUAACUCAGGGAGCACGCUCAAGAUCACAAAACCAGCAACGAGAUCAUGAUUCAAAAAGACCUAAACUUUCCUGUACAAACUGUACAUCUACCUCAGCUGGGAGAAAUGUUGGACAUGGUUUAAAUACAGUAUCAGAUUCUUCUUGGAGGCAUAGUCAAGUUCCAAGAUCUUCAUCAGUGGUACUUGGAUCAUUUGGAAGUGACUUAAUGAGAGAGAGGAGAGAUUUAGAGAGGAGAGCAGAUUCCUCCUUUAGUAAUCUUAUGGAUUAUAGUCACAGAAGUGGUGAUUUCACAACUUCAUCAUAUGUUCAAGACAGAGUUCCUUCUUCAUAUUCACAGGGCGCAAGACCAAAAGAGAACUCAGUGAGCACUUUACAAUUGACUACAUCAUCCACAAACCACCAAAUGCCUUCUGAACGCCAGACCAUACCGUGUUCUAGGGACUCUAGCAGAAAUUCUUUAAGAUCAAAUUUUUCUCCAAGAGAAUUGGAGUCUCCCCAAAGCAGUACACAGCCUGGAUUUUCUUAUAUUUCAAAUAGAGGUGAAACCUCAACCAUAAGCAAUUCAGAUAGGGUUGGUUCAUCUCAAAGAUCAUUUCAAGAAUCUUCUGACAAUGAAGGUCGACGUACGACCAGGAGAUUGCUAUCACGUAUAGCUUCUAGUAUGUCAUCUACUUUUUUUUCACGAAGGUCUAGUCAGGAAUCCUUAAAUACAAGAUCAUUGAGUUCAGAAAAUUCUUACAUUUCUCCAAGAAUCUCAACAGCUUCACGGUCUCGUAAUGCAGCAUCAACUUCUGACGUUCCUGAUAAUAGGGCAUCUGAAGCUUCUCAGGGAUUUCGAUUUCUUAGGCGAAGAUGGGGUUUGUCAUCUCUUAGCCAAAAUCAUAGCUCUGAGCCAGAUUCAGAAAAUUUUAACCAAGAAUCUGAAGGUAGAAAUUCAGGACCAUCAUUAUCUUCCUCAUUUAGAAAUAGAUGCACACCUUUGUUCUCUAGAAGGAGGCGAGAGGGACGAGAUGAAUCUUCAAGGAUAUCCACUUCUGAUAUACCGUCUAGAUCUCACCAUAUUUUUAGAAGGGAAUCAAAUGAAGUGGUUCACCUUGAAGCACAGAGUGAUCCCCUUGGGGCUGCUGCCAACAGAUCACAAGCACCUGCAGCAUCGAGCAGUGCUGCUGCAGGAGGCUCCACAUCUGAUUCAGCUCACAGUGGAAGAAACACAGGAAUAACAGGGAUCCUUCCUGGUUCCUUAUUUCGAUUUGGAGUCCCCCCUGCCCUUGGAAGUAAUUUGACCGACAAUGUCAUGAUCACUGUAGAUAUUAUUCCUUCAGGUUGGAGUUCAUCUGAUGGAAAAAGUGAUAAAACUAAAAGCGCACCUUCAAGAGACCCAGAAAGACUGCAGAAAAUAAAAGAGAGCCUCCUUUUAGAGGACUCUGAAGAAGAAGAUGGUGACUUAUGUAGAAUUUGUCAGAUGGCAGCUGCAUCGUCAUCCAACUUGCUAAUAGAGCCAUGCAAGUGUACAGGAAGUUUGCAGUAUGUCCACCAAGAGUGUAUGAAAAAGUGGUUACAGGCGAAAAUUAACUCUGGUUCUUCAUUAGAGGCUGUAACCACCUGUGAACUCUGUAAAGAAAAAUUGCAGCUGAACCUGGAGGAUUUUGAUAUUCAUGAACUGCAUAGAGCUCAUGCAAAUGAACAAGCUGAGUAUGAAUUUAUCAGCUCUGGUCUCUACCUAGUAGUGUUACUGCACUUGUGCGAACAAAGCUUUUCUGAUAUGAUGGGAAAUACAAGUGAACCAAGCACAAGAGUCCGAUUUAUUAACCUUGCAAGAACUCUUCAGGCACAUAUGGAAGAUCUCGAAACUUCAGAGGAUGAUUCUGAAGAAGAUGGAGACCAUAACAGAACAUUUGAUAUCGCCUAACUUCAUAUAAGAUAAAUGGAUGAUCUGUUAACAAGUGUUUAUUAAAACUGGCAAUUAAGUAUGAAUUAAUUUUGUGGGGAAAUGCCUAUUGAAUACAUUAUAUAUAAAAUGAAUGAAUGUGUGUGUGUAUAUAUAUAUGUGCAUACGUGUGUGUGUGUGUGUGUAUAUAUAUAUAUACACAUCUAUAUUCAUUCUCAAGUGUUGCUGAAUUGAAAUUCUACUUGCUGGACCUUCUAACAUGGCCAGUGACUGAUGUUUAUAUAUUGGUAAUCAAAAGUAUUUUUCUUUUAGGUGAGUGGGAAAGUGUUACAUUGUUUUAAAUAUCUGAGCAAUGCCUACAACUUUUUUUUGGUUCUGAUUAUUAUUGUAGCCAUAUUUAUGAAAAUGGUUCGUGUUUUAGUCUUUUGCUAGUGAAAAAAGUGAGACAAAACUAUGGUUUCAAAAUAAAAUGCCAAAUGGCACCUAAUUACUUUUUCUUUUAAAAUGCCUUAAGUUACAGUCUCAUUUUCAUAAUCAUUUGCUUCUGGUGUUUUAAAAAAAAGAAAGGGGGAGUAAGUUAGGAAGAAAAAAGAAUGGGGAGUAAGUUAGGAAGAGCAUUAUAUUAGGUGUCCAAAUUUAAAUUCUAAAUUCACUUACUGACAAUAUGUAAUUUUUUAAAAAGUAUAUCAAUUUAAAUAUAUUAAUGAUGGAUAAAUUUUUGUAUUGGUUUGAAAAAUGCAGAUUAUAUUUGAUAGGCCAUAGUAUGUAGAUAUUCCUAUAGGAAUAUUACAGCUAUAAAUUAUACCAGAAUUGCCCGUUAAAUUCUAUUUGGUUAAAAAAAUUAUUGCAAUCUGGAGUUGAUGGAAUAUUUUUAAACCCCACAUUAAAAGUUUAAAACACUGGUUUACAGUAUGUUUUUUAGUGUUGUCACUUCUUUGUAAAUAAAAACUUAUUUGAAUCCUGUUUGUUUAACUGUUCUUGCUAAUCUGAGUGUUUACUUGGUGGCUUACAGAAGAGCUUUCUUUACCUGUUCACCAUGAAUAGAUCUGCUCUGUGGUCAUAGUUCCAGAGAACAGUAUAUUUUCUGUCAGCACCCUUAGAAUUCACUUAAAAACACCUUCAGGUGGUUUUGGAUUAAAAGUCUUAAUGCCAUGGCAACAAACUUCUUUUUCAGAACCUAAAUAAAUACCAUGUAAUUUCUCAAGUGUGAAUUGACAGUUUGCCCACACUUAGAUUGUUGUAAAACUUUGGCUUGAAAUAAAGUGUAACUGAUU